GACGGGUCAGGGUACAAGGACAAUAUUGGAGCGGCGGCGGUCCUAUUCUGUGCAGGUAAGAUGCCCCGAACGCUACGCUACUGUUUGGGAACGAGAGAGGAACAUACCAUCUUCGAAGCCGAGGAGGUCGGCCUGACCCUCACCGCCCAUUUAUUAGCCACAGAGAGGGACCUGUUGUUCCCUCUCUCCAUCUCGAUCGACAACAAGGCAUCAAUACUAGCAGGUGAGAAUUUUCACUCACGCCCUGGUUCAUAUCUCGCGGAUAACUUUCGCAGAAUGAUGAAGAAGAUCGCCAGAGAUCACGCGAAUUUCGACGUAACAGUGUGCUGGGUGCCAGGACACUCUGGCGUCCAUGGAAACGAAGAGGCCAACAAACACGCCAAGUCAGCAGCAGAAGGAAUCAACAAUAAUAGCCCAACAAACCACCUUCCACGCUACCUUCGAGAUCGACCCCUACCUUUAAGUGUAUUGGCACUGAGAGAA